AUGUGGCAGUAUGCCCACUUUCCUGACGCGUCAAAGAUCUACCGACACAUUCAAGCGCUCCAGCAUGUGUCGCGGCGGACGCUGAGCAGCAGCUCCCGCAGGCAGUUGGAGAAGAAGGUUACACAGAAGCAGAAGCAUUUCCAGGAGGACAAUGAAAUUCCAAUUCAUUUGAAAGGGGGUGUCAGCGACGCUAUCCUAUACAGAACAACAAAGGCACUCACUAUUCUGGGAUCUGCAUAUGUCAUAUAUGAGCUGGUUUGUGCAUCUUUCCCCAAGAAGGAGUGACUGCAGCUCCUGGGCUCACAUGUUCUACAACACACACUUAGUUGUAAAACGUUGUCUCCAUGUCCUCAGGGUUGAUUUGUCCUGUCAUAAUGAUUUCUGUUUCAUGGGAUCAAUAUUUAUUUAUUGUAACAGGAUGAUUAAAUAUGCCUCAUAA